AUGAACUACGCAAUUAACGUUUCGCAAGUUGCGACCGAAUCGCUCACCACUCACAGCAUUAUCCCCGAUGUGGUGAAAUCCCAGGAUUUUAAGCCAUGGGGCCUGUUGGCCGCUGAGUACUCGCCCAGUGCGCCUGUGGCCAUGGGAAACACUUUGUCCCCUGAAGAAACACAAAUCAAGCCCAAAGUGCACUUCACGCUGGACCCAAAGUCGGAAUUCAAAGUGCAGGACGCGGACCUGUUCACUCUGGUCAUCACCGACCCAGAUGCGCCCUCAAGGACUGAAAAAAAGUGGAGCGAAUACUGCCAUUAUGUGGAAACUGACAUCAGACUGCCCUUCGAGUACUCGCACAACACCUCUUCAGCUGUGCCAGACUUUGUGGCCUCCGAACUGGCUAGCGGUAAGCCAUUGAUGGACUACGUGGGCCCGGCUCCACCUCAGGGCACAGGCAAACACCGCUAUGUUUUCUUGCUCUACAAGCAGCCCGGUGACUCUUCGAAUUUCACCAAGAUUGCCGACAGACCCAACUGGGGCUUCGGAAUUCCGGCCACCGGCGUUGACAAGUGGGCUACCGAAAAUCACCUUCAAUUGAUUGCUGUCAACUUCUUCUUUGCUGAGAACAAAUAG